AUGAAUGAGGGUUACUAUUCGGGUUUUGGGGUUAAUUUUGUGAUGGUCGAGAUGCAACGCAAUAAUACUGAGUUGGAGGAAGGAGAGGCUUUCUAUUGUUAUAAGGAUGACGAUGAUGACAACAUUGACCUUGAUUCUCUCUCUUACAUUAUUGUUGAUGGUAUGCAAGCUUGCAUUUUUAUUUUGCCCGAUGAGAGGAUUCAGCAUGUUCUGGGUCAUUUUCGAAAGGAAUUUGAAGGAGGUAUUUUUCCUGAGCGUUUGGGUGCAAAAUUUGGUGACUAUGGCUCUUUUUUGCCCACCUAUGAACGCUCCCCUCGUUGGCAAUCUUGUCCAAAGGAUCCAGAAAAACACCAUAGUUCACAAAAAUUUCCCAGCAAUAUCCAUAUGGCGGCUGCAUUUUAUAACUCAAAAGCACCUUCAAAUAUGCCUCCUUCCAUGAGGCUUGGAACUGCUUCCCAUAAAGUUCUUGCAUCUCAAGAUACAAGAGUAACUUCAGUGAACAACACAGGCAUUUCCUUGAAUAAAGUAGCAGAGAAGUGCAGUUUGAAAGAUGACUGCACAAAUAAGUCAAAGAAGUUGACUGAUCAAAGAAUGCUGAUAUCGCAAAUCAAAGUGAAAUCAGAUAGCUUAGCAAAGAAGAAUGCAGAAAUUUACAGUGGUCUUGGACUUGAUGACUCUCCUUCUUCCUCAACGGAAAACAGCCAUAAGGAAAGUGAAGAUAUGCCUCGUGUAUCUCAAGAUUCGCCUGUAGAGUCUCCUGCUACCAUUGUUCAGGUAGAGGACGUGUUCUAUUUCUAUGAAACACUUAAGGAUAUGUUGUCCAGCGGUGUGCUAAUAUCACCUCUACAUGACAGUCUACUCUACUUGAUUAGAAAGGAAAAAUCCUUUAGAGACCGAAGACCCAUUUCUUCUCUUAAUGGUCAUCAGGAACAUUAUUCCAUGUCAACUGAUGAGUCAGAUUCUGUUGCGGGGGAUUCACAUUUGUUGAAGAAAAGGAAAGUGACAGUGAUAGACCAAAGUGAAAAGCAUCAUAUGAAUGGUAACUGUUCUGAUAAUGACAUGACAUUGCAUAUGAAGAAAAGAUUAGGAAAUAGAACUCCAGAUCGUAAGGACUUUCUGUCUAACGAUCUGAGACGCACACCACUGUCAAGUUCAAUUUGUGAUGGUGAAAUGGCUGAAGUCACUGGUAAGGCUAUUGAAGUAUUCAAGGAGGUCAAUAAAAAUGGUGUGGAAUGUAGAAUGGUUUCGACUGAAGCAGUGAAAGAGAUUUCACUGGAGUCAAUAUCUGAUCAGGAUUUUGACAAGAUUGAGAAGCAAAAUACAGGAAGUAGCUUUACGAAAAAAGUGUCUGCUGAUCCUAAGAAUAUUAGCAAUUGUAACACUUCUGCAAUUUCAAAAAGGAUUAAGUCCGAUGAAAUGAAAUAUAAGGUGGAUCAAGAUACUCAAAAGUGUGAUACUAAUCAGACCAAGGUAAAAUCUGAAAGGAAGAACGAGUCAAAAGGUGAGCAGGGACCUAGAAAAGUUGUUACUGAUGCUGAAAAAGAUAUCUUUGGUACUAGUAAUAAUGUAAUGGUAAAUGAUAGAAAGUUUACUAGCAUUGGUGUUACUUCUUCUAAAAGUAAAAUGCAUAAAGUGAAGUCACUGAAGGAUAAUAAGGUCAGAGAUUGUGACAGAGGUUCACCAAAAAGAAAACCACAACGGAAGGUUGAUGGAAUAGAUCCAACUGAUGGGCCUCCCCUUAACAAGGCUACAGUAAAUUGUAACCUUAAUCAUGUUGAAAAGAAUGCAAGUAGGGUUAAAGUAAAGGAAAGAGCAAGUGGCAAUAAAGUGGUUAAUCAGUUGACAGCUGCGCCAUGCGCAAAAGAUACUCCAGGUGCAUUUCCUGAUGCUGAAAAUAAACCAACUUCUGAGAUGGUUCUGUCAUCAUCAGCAGGAGCACCUCAACUUAUUGAAGAAGAUUGGGUAUGCUGUGACAUUUGCCAGAAAUGGAGGCUUCUACCUAUGGGUUUAAAGCCAGAUCAACUUCCAGAGAAAUGGUUGUGUAGCAUGCUAUAUUGGCUGCCUGGAAUGAAUCGUUGUAGCAUCAGCGAGGAGGAGACUACAAAAGCACUUUAUGCUUUAUAUCAAAUGCCAAUUUUUGAGGGUCAAAGUAACAUGCAAAUCGAUGCCACUGGACCUGAAAUUGGAGUGAAAUCUGUUGAUACUCUACAACUUUGCCCUAUUCACAAAAAGCCCAGUUCUGAUGUAAUGCUUGAUCAAGGGAGGAAGAAACAAGGUAGUAAUGAGAAGGCGAAGUCAGGAAUCAAUAGUGACAGGCAUCAGUUGUCAAAUACAGAAAAGAACAAUGCUCAAGAGUCUGUUAAAAAUAGAAGCUUGAAUGACAUGAAUGAGUGGCCUGCAGGUUCAAAACGAAUGAAGAAAUCUAAUUCUCAAAAUUUGAGCAGGUUGAACAAUUUGAUAGAAGAGAAAAACUCACAUAAGACAAAAGAAUAUCGAAUGAAUGGAGAAUAUGCCAAUGUGGUUGUCAAAUCUGUUCAGGUGACACAAAUCAGGUUAGAUUGA